AUUAAAAUUUAGUCAGAAUAAUCAUAUGCAAAAGGUGAUCCUGCAUGCUAACCAAAAGACAAACAGCACUUUCACAUUUCUCAUAUCUCAGCAGAAUCAGUCGCUGAAUGGAAAUCUGCAUGUACACACAGACACAAGAGUCACAGCUCACAGAUCAACUUUUAGAGACCCACAAACCAGUCCACAAAACACACACCUUUCACGCUGACAUACACAACACACCUGUGGAUCGGACUUUAAUCUCUCAUUCUCUAAAAAAAAGUGUCAAAAAACUUUAAAUGUGAUAAAACCACGCCUUGUAUCACCUCCUCCCCUAAGGAAAAGCUACUUAAAAAAAAGAUGACCCCACCCACGGAGCUCUUAAACAACAUCACCUCGCUCUACCAAGAUGUCAUGGUCAACAGGAGAGACCCCCGGGUGGACUCUUACCCACUGAUGAGCUCCCCCCUCCCGACCCUCCUGAUAUGUUUAAGUUACGUCGUCAUAGUUAAGUUAAUUGGGCCUCAUUUUAUGAAAAAUCGGGCUCCCUUUUCCUUGAGGAAUACUUUGGUGGGGUACAAUGCGUUUCAAGUGGUUUUCUCGGCGUGGUUGUUCUACGAGUACGGUCGCGGGGGCUGGUUCCAUGGUUACUCUUUUAAAUGUCAGCCGAUCGACUAUUCCCAGGACCCGAUGGCCAUGCGGAUGGUCAACGUCUGCUGGUGGUAUUAUUUCUCGAAAUUUAGCGAGUUUUUUGACACGUUCUUCUUCAUCCUGCGCAAGAAGUACGCGCACGUCUCGGCCCUGCACGUGAUCCACCAUGGCGUCAUGCCCAUGAGCGUCUGGUUCGGCGUUAAAUUUACACCGGGGGGCCACUCCACCUUCUUCGGCCUGCUCAACACCUUUGUCCACAUUUUAAUGUAUUUUUACUACAUGGUGGCUGCCAUGGGGCCCAAAUACGUCAAGUUCCUCUGGUGGAAAAAGUACUUGACCAGCAUUCAGAUGGUCCAAUUCGUCGGGAUAGCAACGCACUCUUUCCAAUUAUUAUUCAUUGAAUGCAAUUAUCCAAUCGGCUUUGUCUGGUGGAUCGGUUGCCACGGGUUACUCUUUUUGGUCCUGUUUUCCAAUUUCUACAUCGGGGAGUACGUCGAGAAACGAAGGAUUUUAAAAGAGAAAAAACGCGUUACCAAGGAGACCGUUGCCAAGGAGACGGUCGCUAUGGAAAAUAUCAGACUCCGGAGAAUCGUUCAAAAUGAAAAGGAGAUUUAAUUUAUUUUUUGAUAUUAAUUUUUGUUAAUUCGUUGCUAUGGAAAUAAAUUAUAGAGAGAAAGAAAUAUA